CAAGAGGGUCGCUACUGCGCCCUCCUGCCCCGAAGAGGAACCAUGCACGGAUUUUGUAAGUGCGUCGUGGUGCCGCUUUGGGCCCAGCUCAUCGUCCUGUCAGCAUUGGACGCCCACAACAACAUGACCGUGCCCGUGGGCCAGAACGUGUCCCUGCAAUGCCCCACUGUCUCACACGUCAGCCCCAAACAGCCGACGGUCCACUGGGAGUGGACGGGAAACAACCACCGGGCACCGCUGCAGCUGGCGGAGGGCAGUUUCUCGCACGGCACUUUCAACGCGAGAUACAACAUCGACGCCCUGCGCAUGUUCCAGCGGCGCCUCGCUUUAAGGCGACAGCGUGGUUCUCCCUAUGGGCGUCAGGACGACGAGUUCACUCUGGGGAUCGUCCAGGUGUGCCCUUCUGACCAGGGCGUGUUCACGUGCAGCCUGACGUGGGAGAACGGCUCGAGGAGCGUGAGCAGCGUGCUGCUGGAGGUUAUAUGGCAAGGUUUCCCAUUACUCGUAACAAGUGCAGCUGUAACGUCCACUGUAAAGGUCGUAACCCCGUCCACGGGCCCAAAUUCAGGCGGCUCCUUGAGAUGGGUUGUCGUGCCGACUGGCUUGCUGCUGGCCUCCCUGACCGUGCUGCUGGUGGCAGCCACACGCGCCCUGCGAAGACGUCUUCUUGCGAAUGGGGCCGCGCUGCUGGACCCAGAUUUCGCGAAGAGCGUGGAAAACAUCGAGACGGCUCCUCCCCGCCUGCCUGAGGACCACUCCUGUGUGUACAACGCUCGCGUCACCUGCGCAGCUCCGGUCGACCACACCGUGAAGCAUUACGAGAGCAUGCGGAAGAUCAUACCAACACACACCCCUGCUGUUGAGAACACCGCGGACCAGUGCAUAUAUGAAGACAUGGCCAACCUGGCGUGACUCGCGUGCAUGUAAUGUGAUCAGAGCCGGCCCCGAGGGUGCGGCGGAUCGGGGUGAC